CCUUGAAAGAAACCUAGAAGCUCAACCCAGCAACACCAUGGUCAGCUCCUGUUGUGGCUCCACCUGCUCUGGCCUGAGCUGUGGCUCUGGCUGCUGUGCUCCCUGCUGCUGCCGCCCUGCCUGCUGCCUUAGGCCAGCCUGCUGCCAGAGUACCUGCUGCAGGACCAACUGUUAUAGGCCCACCUGCAUUGUGUCCACCUGCUGCCGCCCCAGCUGCUGUGGGUCCAGCUGCUGCCAGCCCUGCUGCCACCCCAGCUGCUGUGGGUCCAGCUGCUGCCAGCCCUGCUGCCGCCCCAGCUGUUGUGUGUCCAGCUGCUGCCAGCCUUGCUGCCGCCCCAGCUGCUGCUGCCGCCCCAGCUGCUGCCAGCCUUGCUGCUGCCCCAGCUGCUGUCAGUCUAGUUGCUGCUGCCCCAGCUGCUGUGUGUCCAGCUGCUGCCAGCCUUGCUGCCGCCCCAGCUGCUGCUGCCGCCCAACCUGCUGCAGACCAAGUUGCUGCCAGUCUGUGUGCUGCCAACCAACUUGCUGCCGCCCUUCCUGCUGUCAGUCUAGUUGCUGCCGCCCCAGCUGCUGUGUGUCCAGCUGCUGCCAGCCUUGCUGCCGCCCCACCUGCUGCCAGACCACCUGCUGCAGAACCACUUGCUGCCGCCCAGUCUGUUGUGGGUCCUCUUGCUGCUAAAUGCCCAGGCCUCCAUAUAGCUGCUCAUUAGCCCUAUUUUUCCCCAGAUACAUCCUUUCCUCAAAGGUACUAAUAUGUCAAGAUUGUUGAAGAAAUCCAACUCUUAGCUUCUGUACCUGAAACCAGUAUGGAAAACUUAAUUCCUUUGAUUUCAGUCUGGGUACACUAUUACCCUCUUACCCUCUAUUUCCUCCAUCAUCAUAGACAUGAAACUCUUAAUGUUGAAUGUGUCUGCUAUAAAAGUCCAUCAAUUUGAUUUCUUUUUAACUUAUUUUCUGAAACUGUAAAAACAUAUCCAAAUAUAACAGUAGUUGCAAAGAAGAAAUUUAAUUUUAAAUUACCAAGUCAUCAAGUCCUUAAAAUAUUUUUUAUCUCUGAUAUCUAUAAUUCUUAAUUUUAUGGCAUCUUAUUGCUUGUGUG